AUGGAUAACUUCAAAGCUGGAAAUCCUAAUGCCACUUUUAAUGAAGAUUUGUUUGGGGGAGCUAGCCAGUGCAUUACUGAAGCCUGCAAGAAGCUGGCAACCGCCUACGAGAAUGCAGUUGUAGAAAGAAUUGAAAAUAUAUUGAGAAGAUUUUUGCAAUAUCAAAUUCAAAUUAUGUUUGUUUCCAUGGCUCCGAAGGACGUCGAUGACAUUGUUACAGAGUAUGGAUAUCAAUAUGUAUGCCAAGGUGAAGCGGUAUGGCCUGAACAGAAAUCACUUGAAGACCCUAUGAUCAAACGAAGAAUCGAUGAACUAUGCCUGCCACUUAAAAACAAACUCGAUGCUAGAGUUAGUAUAAAAUCAUUAGCUGAUAACCCUGGCUUUUUUGUUCCUCUGUUGUUUCAUAUACUGGCUGUCUUUGAAAGGGAACAUCAAUCCCAUAAAGCGUUUGACGUUAGAAGACUUCUUUUACCAAGGCUGUUCAAUGUAUUCCCUUCACCAUCAUGCCAUUGGCGAUCAGUGAUAAUUUCGGUCGAUGCAUUAGCAGCAUUUCUUCCUGGUCAACCACUCCCCAGAGGGUAUAAUGAUCAGCUGCAUUUAUUUUACAAGGUAUUUGAUUUUAAGCCGCUUAGAAUUAAAUCGAUUGAAUCUUUAUUACUCACUGGAUCAAAUAAGAGGCUCUUUGGUAACCUGAUCAAAUCAGACGGUUUUUCUGUUAAUUUCGUUUUUAACAAACGAACAAUCAGAGGAAAACGUUUAACCAAGCAAAUCAAUCAAGUUGAUCUGAUCUUGGAUGAUUUUGAGCAGCAUGAAGUUGACAGCCACUAUUUACCAAUAGCCGUAGAUCCAGGAAGAAAAAGGGUUCUCACUGCAUUUGCUGGUUCAAGUGGAAUGUUACCACUUGACAGGCUCUACAAAAUUCUCAGCAGAGCAAGAAAUAUACUCACCAAUAAGACUGCCAAUGAAUCACUGUAUAUGGAGUAUGCCAUUUAUAUGCUCAAAAACAUUGGUCGUAUUUUCAGUUUUUACAAUCAAGAAACUGCAAAAGAAACCUUUUUCUUAUACCAGGUUCGCCAACGAGCACCGGAGCAAAUGGUGAAAACGUUUUUGGAUGGUACCAAGAAAUACAACAAGAAGUCAAGAGGAAACAAACGAAAAAGAGCAAAGAACAAAGGGAAGCGGAAGAAGAAGGGGAAUAAGUCCGGAAAGAAGUAUAAAGGAAAGAGAAAAAUGGCACCGAAAACAACAGAAACAAGGUAA